GAAUGAGAGUAACGUAUGUUUAUUGGGAGUAGGGAAAAUGAAAGUGAGUCGAUACCGUAAGUAAACUGCCAAGCACAUUGCUGGGCACAGAACAGGUGUGCCACAAAAGUUAUUUCUCAGGCUUUCCCUUCCCUGAGCAUCAUCCUCCACAGGGUCCGGAGUGUAGCUGGGAGUUGGAGCAGCAGCCUCCUACGCGAUGGGACAGAGCCCGCGGUGUCCGGUAGCAUGCCACGAUUUCUUCGUCAGACCCUGGGAAUCCCACGUCGCAAAAUAAACACGGCCGCGCUGCUAAUCGCCAGUUCGGAGGAAACAAAACAGCGCUGCGCUCGGGGAUCUGGGCAAAAUCAGCCCUCCCUCCUCCCGCUCCUUCGCAGCCGCCCUCCCCUCCUCGCGCCGCUCGGGUUCGCUCCGCUCUGCUCAGCGCAGCGCAGCUCCGCGGCCGCCAAGCCGAGGCGGGCACGGUCUCCGAGUCGCCGACGCCGGCUCCGAGCUCCGCCAGGUCGCGCCUUCGUCGGGACCGCUUCGGGCAGGAGUCGCGUGGCGAAGGCCACGGCAGCGGCAAAAAGUUGGGGGCAGCGAGGAUGAGGCUGUGCCCGGCGCCCCUGAGGCUGAGCCGCACCCCCGCGCUGCUGGCCAUGGCGCUGCCCCUGGCCGUGGCGCUGGCCUUCUCCGACGAGACCCUGGACAAAGUGCCCAAGUCAGAGGGCUACUGCAGCCGGAUCCUGCGCGCCCAGGGUACGCGGCGAGAGGGCUACACCGAGUUCAGCCUCCGCGUGGAGGGCGACCCCGACUUCUACAAGCCGGGAACCAGCUACCGCGUAACACUUUCAGCUGCUCCUCCCUCCUACUUCAGAGGAUUCACAUUAAUUGCGCUCAAAGAGAACAGAGAGGGUGAUAAGGAAGAAGACCAUGCUGGGACCUUCCAGAUCAUAGAUGAAGAAGAAACACAGUUUAUGAGCAAUUGCCCUGUUGCAGUCACUGAAAGCACUCCACGGAGGAGGACGCGGAUCCAGGUGUUUUGGAUAGCGCCACCAGCAGGAACAGGCUGUGUGAUUCUGAAGGCCAGCAUCGUACAAAAACGCAUUAUUUACUUUCAAGAUGAGGGCUCUCUGACCAAGAAACUUUGUGAACAAGAUUCCACAUUUGAUGGGGUGACUGACAAACCCAUCUUAGACUGCUGUGCCUGUGGGACUGCCAAGUACAGACUCACAUUUUAUGGGAAUUGGUCCGAGAAGACACACCCAAAGGAUUACCCUCGUCGGGCCAAUCACUGGUCUGCAAUCAUCGGAGGAUCCCACUCCAAGAAUUAUGUACUAUGGGAAUAUGGAGGAUAUGCCAGUGAAGGUGUCAAACAAGUUGCAGAAUUGGGCUCACCCGUGAAAAUGGAAGAAGAAAUUCGUCAACAGAGCGAUGAGGUCCUCACCGUCAUCAAAGCCAAAGCCCAGUGGCCAGCCUGGCAGCCUCUUAACGUGAGAGCAGCACCUUCGGCUGAGUUUUCCGUGGACAGAACACGCCAUUUAAUGUCCUUCCUGACCAUGAUGGGCCCAAGUCCCGACUGGAACGUAGGCUUAUCUGCAGAAGAUCUGUGCACCAAGGAAUGCGGCUGGGUCCAGAAGGUGGUGCAAGACCUGAUUCCCUGGGAUGCUGGCACUGACAGCGGGGUGACCUAUGAGUCACCCAACAAGCCCACCAUUCCCCAGGAGAAAAUCCGGCCCUUGACCAGCCUGGACCAUCCUCAGAGUCCUUUCUACGACCCAGAGGGUGGGUCUAUCACUCAAGUAGCCAGAGUUGUCAUCGAGAGAAUCGCACGAAAGGGGGAACAAUGCAAUAUUGUACCUGACAAUGUCGAUGAUAUUGUAGCUGACCUGGCUCCAGAAGAGAAAGAUGAAGAUGACACCCCUGAAACCUGCAUCUACUCCAAUUGGUCCCCAUGGUCCGCCUGCAGCUCCUCCACCUGCGACAAAGGCAAGAGGAUGAGACAGCGCAUGCUGAAGGCGCAGCUGGACCUCAGCGUCCCCUGCCCCGACACCCAGGACUUCCAGCCCUGCAUGGGCCCUGGCUGCAGCGACGAAGACGGCUCCACCUGCACCAUGUCCGAGUGGAUCACCUGGUCGCCCUGCAGCAUCUCCUGUGGCAUGGGCAUGAGGUCCCGGGAGAGGUACGUGAAGCAGUUCCCGGAGGAUGGCUCCGUGUGUACACUGCCCACUGAGGAAACAGAGAAGUGCACGGUCAACGAGGAGUGCUCUCCCAGCAGCUGCCUGAUGACCGAGUGGGGCGAGUGGGACGAGUGCAGUGCCACCUGUGGCAUGGGCAUGAAGAAGCGGCACCGCAUGAUCAAGAUGAGCCCCGCAGAUGGCUCCAUGUGCAAGGCUGAGACCUCCCAGGCGGAGAAGUGCAUGAUGCCCGAGUGCCACACCAUCCCAUGCUUGCUGUCCCCAUGGUCUGAGUGGAGCGACUGCAGCGUGACCUGCGGGAAGGGCAUGCGAACCCGCCAGCGGAUGCUCAAGUCUCUGGCGGAACUUGGAGACUGUAAUGAGGACCUGGAGCAGGUGGAGAAGUGCAUGCUCCCAGAAUGCCCCAUUGACUGUGAGCUCACCGAGUGGUCCCAGUGGUCGGAGUGUAACAAGUCAUGUGGAAAGGGCCACAUGAUUCGAACCCGGAUCAUCCAAAUGGAGCCUCAGUUUGGAGGUGCACCUUGCCCAGAGACUGUGCAGAGGAAAAAGUGCCGCAUCCGGAAAUGCCUUCGAAAUCCAUCCAUCCAGAAGCUACGCUGGAGGGAGGCCCGAGAGAGCCGGCGGAGCGAGCAGCUGAAGGAAGAGUCUGAAGGGGAGCAGUUCCCAGGUUGUAGGAUGCGCCCAUGGACAGCCUGGUCAGAAUGCACCAAACUGUGCGGAGGUGGGAUUCAGGAACGCUACAUGACUGUAAAGAAGAGAUUCAAAAGCUCCCAGUUUACCAGCUGCAAAGACAAAAAGGAGAUCAGAGCAUGCAAUGUUCACCCUUGUUAGCAAGGGUACAAGUUCCCCAGGGCUGCAUUCAGAUUCCAGAGCCACCAAUGGCUGGAUUGUUUAUUUGCUUGUUUAAGACAAUUUAAAUUGUGUACACUAGUUUUCAUUUUUGCAGUGUGGUUCGCCCAGUAGUCUUGUGGAUGCCAGGGACAUCCUUUCUGAAUACUUCUUGAUGGGUACAGGCUUAGUGGAGCACCCUCAUCUCCAGCCAGCCCUCUUCCUGCACAGAAGUGAGUAGUGUCAGCCACCUUGUACUAAACUGAAACAUGUCCAUGUCCUUCUGGAGCUUCCACCUGGCCAGGCAGAACAGAGACCUUGACCUCCUCCACAUGGAGAGGCAACCAUGUCUGGAAGUGACUCUAUGCCUGAGUCCCAGGGUGCAGCUGGUAGGAAACAUUCUCAGAUGAAGGGAGCAUAUUCCCUUCAUUCUCAUCUUUGGCCUGUUCACUGAAAACGCUGUUUGCCCAUGUCUUCUUAGUGGAACUUUAGGUCUCUUUUCAAGUCUCCUCAAUCAACAGUAGUUCCUGAGGAAAACAGAGCUGGUAGACUUGAAGAGGAGCAUUCAUGUUGGGUGGCUUUUGUUCUUUCACUGAGAAAUUCGGAAUACAUUUAUCUCACCCCUGAUAUUGGCUCCCGAUGCCCCUCGGAAACAACAAAAAAAAAUAUCGCUGCUUUAUUUAAAUGUAAGGUAACAAGUUUUUAUACCUGAGAUAAAGGAUAAGUAAGUUUAGCGUGUAUUUUUCCCUUGCUUUUGGGGGUUGGGGGGAGUAUGCACAAUUCUUCUAGGAAGCCAGCCUUCUUUACUUUUUGGUACUAAACACUGAUUGGAACCAAGACCAAGGCAGCAAAAUUGGUCUCUUUAGCAGUCCCAUACCUGAAUUUUAAAAUCUUCCUACACACAUCUAGACUUUCAAGUUUGCAAAUCAGUUUUUAGUAAGGAAACAUUUUUAUUAUACUAACAUUUUGCUAAGUCUGCCCAAAGCCUCCCAAAUCAUUCCUUCAAAAAAAGUUAUCUCUGUACUUCUUUAGUUAUUUUAGUCAUAAAAUUUUAUAUGUAGAGAGAAAAAGUUAUCAAGACAGAAAGUAAAUCUAAGAGAAAGGAAUAUUAUUAUGGGAUUAAGCUGAGCAAGCAAUUCUAGUGGAAAGCCAAACCUGUGUUAGUGCUCCACACCACCGUGGCAGUCCUCCCAGACAUGCACAGGAAUGGCCACGGGUUUACACUGCCUUCCCAGCAAUUAUAGGCACACCAGAUUCAGGGAGACUGACCACCUAGGGAUAGUAUAAAAGGACAUUUUUUUAGUUGGGUCCAUCAGCAGUUUUUGUUCCUGCAUUUAUUGUUGAAAACUGUUUCUUUUAUUGGCCUUCUUACUGCUUAAUCCAAAUGUGUGCCAUUGGUGAGACACAUAUAAUGCUCUGAAUACACUAAGAAUUUGUAUUAAACACAUCAGGAUAUUUCCAAAUACAACAUACUAUAACCCUGAAUAUGUACUUUAACACAAGAAAGACUGUUCAGUAAAAACUCACUGGGUCUUUUAUGUUUUUAAGCUAAGUAAGUGUACUGAAGGUUAAGUCUUUUUUAUAUUGUCCUCCACCUCCAUCAUUUUCAGUAAAAGACAUGGCUUUUCCUCCCUUGUUCUUGGAGGGACCGUUAUUACAUCAUCUCUGAACUACCACCUUUGUCUCCAACAUUUUUUAAAUCCUUAAAUGAAUUGCUUUCUUCCAAAAAAAAAAAAAGGGAGCAAAAAAAAAAAAAAAUGAGAUUUAAUUUCCUUCUUGAGGAAAAAAAAAAAAAAAAAACUCUUCAUAUAGAACUGCCCACUUUUGCAACAUUGUUCUAAGCUGUCUGGAAAACUCUCAACCCAUGAUAAAGUUCCUAAGACAGUGAUUCCUAAUCCAAGGACAAGCCACCCUAAUGUCUCAUGUUAUUUGGUCACAGUUGGGUACAUUUAAAAUCCUGAUUCUAGAGACUUACUUAAAACCAGGUUAAUGACUAAGAAUGGAUAACACGACUCUUGUUGCAUUGUUAUUUUUUGUUUGUAAUGGGGAAUUUAUAAGGAACAUCAAGUCUCUUUCUUACCAAAGUCUUGUUAGGUGGUUUAUAGUUUUUCUGGCUAACAAAUCAUUUUGGAAAUAAAGACUUUUUACUGCAAAAAUGAAAUUUGUUUGGACUUCCACUUGAGAUAGUAAAGAGUAUAUUAGACACCCAGUAAAAACUGCCAUAGAAAGAAGUUAUAAUUGUUUGUUGUGUAUAUUUUUUUUCAAUGCCAAACCAGUUGUAAUCCAAUUUACAUCCAUAUUUUAGGUUCAACAGCAAGAAGUUCAGAGAUGAUAGAUUUCCCAACCAGACAUUCACUCACUGGUCACCUUGUCAGUGCAUGUUAUUUGAAGGGAAUCUGCUGUAGCAAAUGAGAAUAAAUCUGGGCUUCUAUA